AUGCGUUCCCAUCGCUGCCUCGUUCUCUGCGUGGCGCUCUUCCUGUGUCUGCAGUUAGUGGUCGGAGUUCCUCACUCAGCCGUGCGUAGACAGAAUGAGUCUGAAUCGCCUACGACAACGGAGACUGGACUUUCACGGUCUUCGUCUAGUAUCACGCCGUCUCAAACAUCUGCCUCACUGCAGACAGUGUCCGAUAGCUCCUCAUCGGCAGCACGUACCUCAGUCCGCUCAUCGAGCUCGGUACCCGCCGUGACCACAUCCUAUGCAACCACUUCCACUGCGCCGACCUCGUCGGCCUCUGCUGCAGUCGAUUCUCAGACCUUACUGCCAUAUCAGCCAAAAUUGACACCGGCUAUGGGCAUAAGCGGCGUGGUACUAAUUCUCACCGGUAUAGUCUAUGCUACCAUUGGUUUCAAGAACAAAUGGAUCUAUGUUUUUGGUUCUGCUGCAUACCUGAGUGCACUUGCAGUGACCGUUCUCAUCAUUUACCUCAUGAGUCCACCUGUUACUAAUGCCAUAGAAGGUGCCUUCUUCGUUGCAGCAUUCAUUACCGGCAUGAUCUGUGGUGGCGUAUCACUGGUAUUUUCGGAUAUCACUGAAGGCUUCGGUUGUCUCCUAGGCGGCUUCUGCCUCAGCAUGUGGUUUCUCAGCCUCAAAGCAGGCGGAUUAAUCGCCUCGACAACUGGACGCGCAAUAUUCAUUGGGUGCAUGAGUGCCGGAGGCUAUUCCUUGUCGUUCAGCCAUUAUACUCGUAACUACGGUCUCAUCGCAUCCAUCUCAUUCUCGGGCGCCACGGCUACUGUACUUGGCAUCGACUGCCUUAGCAGCACAGGCUGGAAAGAGUUUUGGCUUUAUUUGUGGAAUCUCAACGAUAAUACUUUCCCGCUGAACACCAAUACAUAUCCUCUUACUAAACACAUCAAGGCUGAGUUGGCCGGAGUCUUCAUAAUCGCGGUAUUCGGCAUUGUGUCGCAGCUCCGUGUUUGGAAAUUGGUCAAAGAGCACCGUGAAAAGAGUGUAGCCCAUCAGCUUGAGAAACAACAGGAUCAGGAUCGCGUGGAAACAGCACUCGGUAAAAGUAUUGAAGACAGCUUCCAACGGGAACGCGCGCAAUGGGAGUCUACCUACGGUGAAAAGGGCAUGCCAGAAUCCUCUGGUGCAAGUUUGAAGGACUCGACUCAUGUUCAGGAAAGAGAGGUCUCUCCCAACGACAGCCUGGAAUUGGUCAACGUAGCUAAGAGUGGUGUUAUACGAUCGACUGACACCGAUACGCCAGCCAAAUCGAAACUCACUGUCAACGUACUCGAAGACGACGCCAUUCACCAUAUCGACGCUCAGGGCAAUCCGAUACCGCACACGCAGAUCAGCAAUCAUGACACGGCUGCCACUGGCAAUGACAUCUUGGAUACAGACCGGCCGCUCGUACCGGCUAGAAGCAGCCUCAGAUCCUCUGUCCCGCCAACUUCUCCAGUCAUGGCCCUCCCGUUCGCAGUACCUGAAGAGGACGAAGCAAAAGACAACGAUGACAACACGUCUACAUCGGCUAUGUCUGAGUCCGAACAUGAGCUUAUUAGCGCGUAUAGGCCUGUUAUGUCGAAGCGUAUAUCUGACAUGUCAGGAAUACAGCACGAGAACCAAACAUCGCGCGAUUGGUUCCAAUCUGGUAUCUCACAUAACAAAGGCGACCGAGCUUCGUCUGUUGCUGCUAUAUUGGACGAAAACCAAGAUAAUACAUCGCUACGCCAGCUCUCGCCAGCCCAGUCACCUACAGGCACAGAACACGACGUGUCGAGAGAAGCAGUCCAAGCUGUUGGGGCUCAACCAAAUGGUCACGCGACCGAGAAAAACAAGGAAAGGGAGGGGUCACCCAUCACCAACGCUGCCGACUCAGCAAGGCCAAUAUUCCGCCAAUCUCUUACCGCCAGUACCGAUCCCAAACACAGUGAAAGUCAGCAAUCGAAGUCAGCAGCAUCGGACGCGCUCUCUGAUGUUGGUAGCCUACAAAACGUCAAGUCAUCUGACAAGGUCUCAAAAGUGGCAUCGUCACACCGAACGAACGAAUGGGCUCAGCAGCUAGAAGCUGCUGACAAACCUGAUUUCCUCGAGCUUGCAGCGUCAACCACACCUCAAGUCACUCUGGAGGGAUAUCCAAAAGAAUUGUCUGCGCCUGUAAGUGAUGAGAUUGCAGCGCCCCUGAAGGACAGUAGACGGAACUCGAAGAGGGCAUCCACUGGAAGCGGGAUGAGGAGAAGCAGCGGCUUUGGACUCGGCCGUUCCACCUCCAACUUCUCAUUAGCCGAGCAGCAAGCCACACCACGAUCGCCGUACAUGCAGACAACAGGAGACCUCUCCCGCUCCAAUUCUGGAACCAACUUCAAUGCUCUGUCGCCGAUGCCGAUGGACACGCUCAUGGGUCAACGAGAAAACCGGAUGAAAAACCGAGUCUCGUCUCACUCGCUGACACCGCACACGUCGUCAGCGAAUCUUCUGGGUGAGCCAAAGGAGCAAGAAGACAUGACGUUGGCUCAGCGACGACAGUUGGUACAAAAGCAGUCGUCUCCUACGCAGCUCCAGCAUCAACCGUCUACCACAUCACCCAGACCUGCUCCUCCUUCGGCGUCACAGAAGUGGCAAAAGAAGAGUGUGGGGGUCAAGGGCGCGCCACUAGGAUUCGACUCGCAUCAGCCUAGCCGGACGACCAGCACUCAAUCCAAGAAGAAACGCGAGGAACUGUACGCCGAGUGGAGGGACUCUGUGCAGGAGGCGACAAGCCCGAAAACAGCAGCUAACAUUGCUGAGCAACAACGGAUUGCGUUGAUCAACGAGAAACGCCAGGCGGAAAUGAAGAAGCAGCAACGCGAGUCGAUGGCUCAGCAGCGGGCUUCGAUGAUGGACAGCAUGAUGCGCAGCGGGCAGAUGCUUGAUGCCCAUCGAGAAGCGAUGCGCAAGCUGCAGGCUAAUGCAGACAAGAAAGCGUAG